GAGUAAAUCAGUUGCGCUAUUUGAGCUUCUAGGAGAGCUUAAUCAAGGCAAUACAGAUUAGGGACUGGGAAGCGUUUCAUUGCCUUAAAGGACUACAUCUCUCCUGCGACAGUCCACAUUUGAACUGUCUUGAAGAGUAGCACUUUUAAGCAAAUAAGCUUAGACUGAGCCUGUUUCUUCAGCCAACACGGCAUUCUCCGGUAGUUUUAACAAGCUGGAUUCCCGGAGCUCUUCACCAUGUGUGGCGGGUUUUAGAUACUCCAUGGAGCAACCCAAUUUCUACGAGGUCGACCCGAGGCCCCUGAUGACAAGCCUAACCCAUAACCAGCAAAGUACUUACGGCUACAAAGAGAAUCCUGCAGCUGGAGAUCUCAACGAAAUCUGCGAGAACGAAAGUUCGAUAGACAUUAGCGCCUACAUUGACCCUGCAGCCUUUAACGACGAGUUUUUGGCUGACUUAUUCCACAACAGCUCCAAGCAAGACAAAUCCAAGCUGGCGAGCGGAGAGUUUGAGUACCCCAACGGGGCCAAUACCAGUGCCCCAGGCGGUCAUCAGCAAGCGUUUGGCUGCAUGGCUAGCUACAUGGACUCCUCUAAGCUGGAGCCCAUCUAUGACCACCCUUCCAGAAUGCGACCUGUGGCAAUCAAACGGGAGCCCGGGGAAGAUGAAGAUGCCAGCCAAGCUUCAAUGCCGCCUUCAUACCCACACCAUCACCACCACCACCACCCUCACAACCAACAGCAUCUACCGCAUCUCCAAUACCAGGUAGCGCAUUGCGCACAGACCACUAUGCAUCUUCAACCUGGCCACCCGACGCCUCCACCGACCCCUGUGCCGAGUCCUCAACACCAACAGAAUCACCUGCCUGGGGGGUCGAUAAAGAUGAUGGGCGGUGGAGACAGGGGCAAAGGCAAAAAACACGUUGACAAGAGCAGCGGCGAGUAUCGCCUUAGGAGAGAGCGAAACAACAUUGCUGUGAGGAAGAGCCGGGACAAGGCGAAGAUAAGGAACGUGGAAACCCAGCACAAAGUAAUGGAGCUCGCAACUGAUAACGAAAGACUGCGCAAGAGGGUAGAACACCUCACCAGAGAACUGGAUACAUUGAGGGGGAUCUUCAGGCAGCUUCCUGACAGUUCCUUGGUCAAAGCCAUGGGGAACUGUGCGUAAAAAAAGGACUAAAAAACAACAACUCUGGGACUCAGAAUUAGCUGGUACAAUGUUUUCUGCUGGGUCUUAGUACUAAACUAAAGCUCUGACAGAAUCUUUAUUUAAAAGAAAGAGCCAGGCAGCUGAGGUAUAAAUAUCUGUGCCUUUUGUACAAAAAUAAGCUUAUUUUUAACACGUAAGUGUUGAAUUGGAGGUAUAAAUGCUGCGUGCCUUAUACAAAUGUAAAAACGCGCAAUGUGUGUUCUUAGCUUGUGCAGCAUAGUUAUAUUGUGUUUGUUUUGCAUUUAAACGUACCAUCACAAAAAAAAUAUGCGCUGUGCAUUUUAAACAUUGCAAGUCUGUAUGUUACUUUUUUUAUUAACAUAUUGAUGUCCACCGACUUCAACUUGUGCUGUUGUCUUUUGUUAACAGCAAUAAAAUGUAUAUAUAUAUUUUUUUUUUAUAAAAGACGAUAAUGAUUCCUCGCCAUGCUUAAAAGACGCGAUCCUUUCAUUUUUACAGACGUCCCGUCUUAGGAAGUAUAUUUUUAAAGCUGGACAGUUUGAGAUUCUUUCACUGAAUUUACUGUUGUUUUUUGUAGAAGCAAUUUGUCCUGGUCAGAAAUAUAGGGUUUAAUAAUGUGCCCAAGUACAGGGCAGAAACGUAGCUGCAAUACUGUGGUAAUCUGCUUAAAAUAGACAGUUAAUAAUAACUAUAUAUGCACUAUAUGUCUAAAAAUACGACAAAUACAGCACAUUGUAUUUUUUUAAACACACAAAGAUGCGGGUAUUACCCUAUACAGCUAUCUCAGUGCAUUUAUCCAAAUUAUAUAUAUAUAUAUAUAUAUAUAUAUAUAUAUAUAUAUAUAUAUAUAUAUAUAUAUAUAUAUAUAUAUAUAUAUAUAUAUGAUGUACAGUACAUUUCGUAACGUGAAGCGUACAUUUUAUAAAAUAUAUGUCGACCGAUAUCUCAAAUAUGGUUCCAUAUAAAAGUGUUUGUUAUUUUGUUUUUGUCAGUGGUUGGAUACUUAUUUGGAACAGCCUGCUGUCUGCGUUUGUAAGUUGUAUACACUGUAUUUAAACUCUUGCAGACGUUUGUAUUCAUUACAUUUUACAGGAUGUUUGACAUUAAAAAACAAGAAAAUAAAUAAACGCAAGCACUUUUAUUAAUGCCGUUUUGCCAAUGUACGAAAUAUGUCUCAAAUACGUUUAAUUUGUAAACGAAAGUUCUUGAUAUAUAACAAAAAAUUAUUGAAAGUUAAUAAAUGUAAAUCUUAUGGUAAA